AUGUAUUCAGAGGCAGAGGGACACCUGAAACCAAAGUCGAAGUCCUCUGCCUACCUGGGAAAUCUUGUGGACAGAUCUCCUGAUCUAACACCGAUGAGUUUUAGUGAAGAAGAAAUCUCCUGCUUAGAACAUGUUGAGGAACCUCCUGGAGUUGGCUGUAAAGGCUCGAAGGGGCAGAUCUACUUCAUGGAUCAGGAACCCAACAACAAAGAUUUUCUGACUGAAGAUGAUAUUUACUGCUGCUGCCUCUCCAAGACACUGCUGCACACCUCGACGCCCGUGACCAUCGGCUUCUACUGUCCCGUUGGGAGCCGUUUUAAUUCGCUGCUUGAUAAAAUAACAGCCUGCAUGCUCAAAGAAUCCAUUCAGAGAGAAGAAGAGGAGCUGAGAAAAUCAAACCAAAAGCCAAGAAGACCUGAAGGUUGGGGCUAUUUUCUUCUCCUGUGGUAUCUGCUCUUCUACCAGCCAGUGAUCACUGAAAUCCACCUGAGGAGGGAGAACAUUCAGUUCCUCUUCAUCAGAUUUAGUGCUUGGCAAUAUGCCGGCAGCGACAAGCUGUGGGCAGGGCUGGUCACCACACUCUGUCAAAGCAUCCGCAAGCACUUUGGUGCCCUGCCUUUGAGCUUUUACCACGUGAUGGGGAAAAGGCCCAGAUUUGCCUCUGGCUUUAGCCAAGACGAAUGGCUUCUCAACAAGCGGACCUGCCUUACAUUAGGAGGCCUCGUGUUUGUCCUAGUGUCAGGCGUAAGCCUGCUCUCAGUGGCGAUCUUUGUUCCAGGAAUAAAAGACAGCAGUGCGUUAAAGGUCAUUGGCAGUGCUACCACCGGCCUGUCUGGAUCAGGAAUAUUAGUGACUGUUUUCUCUGUGGUUAAGAACAUGGUUAUCAGCCAGAAGCAGAAAAUUGAGAAGAUGACAGACAGUGAGAAGUUUAGCAGUCACCUAGGCUUCAUGAGCGAAGUGAAGAAGGAAAUCGAGAUGCUGACCAGCUUUGUGUAUUACAUGGAGAUCUAUCAGAGACGGCGGCUGCGCAUAGUGCUGGAGAUCACCAGUUUGGAUAUGUGCUACCCAGAGAGGGUCGUUGGGGUUUUGAAUGCAAUAAACACUUUGCUCUCGGACACUAACGCCCCAUUCAUUUUCAUCCUGGUAAUAGAUCCCAGCAUCAUUGCAUCGUGUUUGGAACAAACCAGCUGCAUGAAAGGAAUGGCCGACAAUGGGUACCUGUUCCUGAACCGCACGGUGACUUUGCCUUUUUCAAUACCAGAGAUGGGCACAAAGUCCAAACUGCAGCAUUUGCAAGACGCUGUCCAGAGCCGGGAGGACCUGAUGUACAAAAUCAUCACAAAAAACAUGGAAAGGGGAGUCAGGAACGUCAAGGGGAAAAUGAUAAAGCUGGUGGAUAUGGAGAUGUCCAGUGAAAUGGACCAAAGCCAAAUCGAUGCUCAAGCUGUGAGGUAUAUUCAUGAAGCAUUUCAUGCUCUGCACAAUGACACUGAUUGUCUCUAUAAAUACAUUCCGGAUAGCAUUAUUCAAAUGAAAAGGAUAGUCAACACAAUUCCCAUCACCAUCAGACUCAUGCUGCAGCAGAACAUUAUGAGACAUACAAUGUCUCCAAGGUCCGUGGCUGCAUGGGUGGUCAUGGCUAAUCAAUGGCCAUGCCGCUUGAGUUGGGUGUUGCAGUGCCUUGAGGACAGGCAGCAGAUUCGACCAACAGAGGAGUUCAGGAACCAGUCCUUAUGGGGAAUCUUCGUGGAAAACUGUAAAGAGCUGUACUCCAUGCACAAAGUCCUCCAGAAUAUCUUGGCCUUGGAUGGGGACCCAGAACUCUUUGGGAAUUUUUUGUCUAAUGAUUUUCCUUUCACAGUACAGGAGGCCAACACCUUUCUAAAGUCCACAAUCAAUCUGGACCAUUCAAUAAGGCAUAAACUGGGACUAAUACGAGGAGUUAAUUCACUGAAUAAGGCAAAUGAUACAAGCGUAACUAAGUCUUCAGUUAAGACUGUCCAGGUGUCUACGGGUGUGCAGUGUUCUGGUAUAGAGGAAUGCAGUUAA